AUGGGGCAUCAUAUAACUGUUAUUAGUUCCUCUGAUAACAAGAGAGAAGAGGCCUUGGAGCAUCUAGGUGUUGAUGAGUAUCUAGUCAGCUCAGACAAGAAAGGGAUGCAAGGGGCUGGAAAAUUGAUCUUGGUAGGCCCUGUUGACGACCCUCUGCAGUUCAUCUCUUCCAAUAUCUUCUUAGGUGCGUCGAUGUCUAACUCCUUGCAAAUUUCGGAUCGCAAUCUUAAACUAAAAUUUGGCAAGUGGUUGAAAAUGUUUUCGAGCUCCAAUUUUCUUCGUUUCUCUGAUUAUACAGAGAGAAGGUCCACAGUGGGGAGCCUCACGGAGAGCGUGAAGGAAACAGAGGAGUUGCUUGAAUUCUGGAAAGAAAAGGGAUUGAGGUCAAUGAAUGAAAUAAUCAAGAUGGAGUACAUCAACACCGCUUUCCAGAGGCUGGAACAGAACGAUGUUAGAUACAGGUUUGUUGUGCAUGUUGCAGGCAGCAAGCUUUAA